AUGGUCAUUUUCAUAGCAUUAUGUCAUUUCUUCUCUAGUUUAGAAUAUCCUUUUUUUAAAAGACAACGUUUCUCUUCUCAUUCUCCAAAGAAACCUCUUUGUAGAGAGCUUCACAAAAAGAGCUAUUUCAUUUUAUCAUCUCGUCCCCUUUCUCUGUGUGUUGCAUGCGUUAGCUAGUACUUUCAAUGGCGACAGAGCAAGAAAUCACACGGACACUACGUUUCUCACGCGACUCACGCGCGUCAAGCAGCGUUGGAUACUACUCAGACGAAGACAACACUGAGGAGGAGGAAGAAGAUGAAGAAGACAUGGAAGAGAUCGAAGAAGAUGAAGAGGACGAAGAUGAAGAGGAAGACGAAGAAGAAGAAGACCCACGUGUAGGACUCACGUGCGGAGGAGGAAGAAGAAACGGGUCAAGCAAUAACAACAACAAAUGGAUGAUGUUGGGUCGAAUACUUGACCCGAGAUCCAAAUGGGUUCAAGAAUGGAACAGAGUCUUUCUCCUCGUCUGCGCGACGGGUCUGUUCGUAGACCCGCUUUUUCUCUACACCAUAUCGGUGAACGACACGUGUAUGUGUCUCCUCGUCGAUGGCUGGCUCGCUCUCACCGUCACUGCCUUACGCUCCAUGACCGAUCUUUUGCACUUGUGGAACAUUUGGGUUCAGUUCAAGAUUGCUCGCCGGUGGCCUUAUCCCGGCGGAGAUAGCGACGGCGAUAACAACAAAGGAGGUGGGACACGUGGCUCUAUGAGGGUCGUUCCACAGUACGUUAAGAAGAGAGGGUUCUUCUUCGAUCUCUUCGUCAUACUACCAUUACCACAGGUUGUGUUGUGGGUGGUGAUACCUUCUCUUCUAAAGAGAGGCUCUGUGACUUUAGUGGUGUCAGUUUUGCUGGUAACAUUCAUCUUCCAGUAUCUACCAAAGAUAUAUCAUUCAAUCCGCCAUCUCCGCCGCAAUGCUAAUUUUUCCGGUUACAUCUUUGGCACCGUCUGGUGGGGAAUUGCACUAAACAUGAUUGCUUAUUUCGUCGCGGCUCAUGCAGCAGGAGCAUGUUGGUACUUGUUAGGAGUUCAAAGAUCAGCGAAAUGUCUUAAAGAACAAUGUGAAAACACGAUAGGAUGCGACAUAAGGAUGUUGUCAUGUAAGGAACCGGUGUAUUAUGGCACGACUGUGAUGGUCUUAGACAAAGCUAGACUAGCUUGGGCAAAAAACCAUCAAGCCCGAUCAGUUUGCUUAGAUAUCAACACCAACUAUACAUAUGGUGCUUAUCAAUGGACCAUUCAACUUGUGAGCAAUGAAAGCCGGUUGGAGAAAAUCCUUUUUCCUAUCUUUUGGGGUCUCAUGACUCUAAGCACAUUUGGAAAUUUGGAGAGCACAACAGAGUGGUCGGAGGUUGUCUUCAAUAUAAUAGUUCUGACAAGUGGUCUUCUUCUCGUUACAAUGUUGAUCGGUAAUAUCAAGGUCUUUUUGCACGCAACAACUUCAAAGAAGCAAGCAAUGCACUUGAAAAUGAGGAACGUAGAGUGGUGGAUGAAGAAGAGACAUUUGCCAUUAGGGUUUAGGCAGCGAGUCCGGAACUAUGAGCGGCAGAGAUGGGCCGCUAUGCGCGGUGUAGACGAGUGUGAGAUGGUUCAGAACCUUCCGGAAGGUCUUAGGAGAGACAUCAAAUACCAUCUCUGUUUAGAUUUGGUCCGACAGGUCCCGUUGUUUCAGCAUAUGGAUGAUUUGGUGCUUGAGAAUAUAUGCGACCGUGUUAAGUCUCUUAUUUUCACCAAAGGAGAAACAAUUCAGAAAGAAGGAGAUGCAGUGCAAAGAAUGUUAUUCGUAGUGAGAGGUCAUCUUCAAAGCAGUCAGUUUUUAAGAGACGGCGUCAAGAGCUGUUGCAUGUUAGGUCCGGGAAAUUUUAGUGGCGACGAGCUUCUCUCGUGGUGUCUCCGAAGACCUUUCGUGGAGAGGCUACCUCCGUCUUCUUCAACGCUUGUAACACUCGAGACCACCGAAGCAUUUGGACUCGACGCCGAGGAUGUUAAGUACGUGACGCAGCAUUUUCGUUACACUUUUGUCAACGAGAAAGUCAAACGCAGUGCUCGCUAUUAUUCUCCUGGAUGGCGGACUUGGGCCGCGGUUGCCGUUCAGCUAGCUUGGCGGAGGUACAAGCAUAGGCUAACGUUGACGUCACUGUCAUUCAUAAGGCCGAGAAGACCAUUGUCGAGAUGUGCAUCGUUAGGAGAAGACAAAUUGAGGCUCUAUACUGCAAUGUUAACUUCUCCUAAGCCUAAUCCCGACGAUUUCGAUGAUUAUUGAUUGAUAUUAUUCUUAUUAUAUAUCUCUCAACUAUUCUUUUCUCCUUCGAAAUUAUAUAUUUUAAUCAUAUA